UACGAUAACUUACAGAGACAGCAGAUUUUUACGACACAGCAAGAGGCCGAGCUGGUACAAUAUCCUGACUGUAAAUCGUCCAGUGCUAAUAUUGGCGAGGAACCAGACCACUUAAAUCAGAGCUCGUCUCCUGCUCAAAUGUUUCCCUGGAUGAGACCACAAGCAGCGCCGGGUAGGAGGAGAGGAAGACAAACAUACAGCCGAUUCCAGACUCUAGAGCUGGAAAAGGAGUUCCUCUUUAACCCCUAUCUGACCAGGAAGAGGAGGAUCGAGGUGUCCCACGCACUAGGACUCACCGAGAGGCAGGUAAAGAUCUGGUUUCAAAACAGAAGAAUGAAAUGGAAAAAAGAGAACAACAAGGACAAAUUCCCCGCUUCCAGACAGGAGGGAAAGGAAGGGGAGGCCAAAAAGGAAGCACAUGAUCUGGAAGAAGACAGAGCUGAAGGCCAGACGAAUUAAAUUUUCCCUAAAAGCCUUUGUGAAAGGCUAUAAAAAAAUAAACAGCGCCAUAGCCCGACAUCUCGGCCCGUCUCCCCCUGUACGUGGUCCUGCCGUGGGACGAGUGACCCCGCGUCACCCCGC